UGACUGAAGACCAAGAUUGAAAGACCUUAAAAUAUAAAAAGCCCUUGGCGUUAGAUGUUCGCUUCCGCUCUCUUGUGCGUCUCGUCUCUAUCCAGUGUCUGCUAUUUACUCUAUUCAGUAGUUCUCUAAUUAGGGUUUCAUCGAUUGUUGUUGCAGCCAUGUCUCUAAGACCCAACUCUAGAACGGAAGUUCGUCGCAACCGAUACAAGGUUGCCGUAGAUGCUGAUGAAGGCCGGAGAAGGAGAGAAGACAAUAUGGUCGAGAUCCGAAAGAACAAAAGAGAGGAAAGCUUGCAGAAGAAAAGAAGAGAAGGUAUGCAAGCCCAGCAAUUUCCGACCUCGAUUCCUCCUUCUACUGUCGAGAGAAAGUUAGAGAGUCUCCCCUCUAUGGUAGCUGGUGUAUGGUCAGACGAAAGCAGUUUGCAGCUUGAGGCUACUACACAAUUUCGGAAACUACUUUCGAUAGAGCGCAGUCCUCCCAUAGAGGAAGUUAUCCAAUCCGGUGUUGUUCCUCGUUUUGUUCAGUUUCUCAUGAGGGAAGAUUUUCCACAACUUCAGUUUGAAGCAGCUUGGGCUCUCACGAACAUUGCUUCUGGAACCUCAGAAAACACAAAGGUUGUAAUUGACCAUGAUGCUGUCCCUAUCUUUGUGAAGCUUCUUGGUUCUCCGAGUGAUGAUGUUCGGGAACAGGCUGUGUGGGCUCUUGGAAAUGUUGCUGGUGAUUCUCCUCGGUGCCGAGAUCUUGUUCUCGGUCACGGAGCCUUGAUUCCACUGUUGGCACAGUUGAAUGAGCAUGCAAAACUUUCUAUGCUUAGAAAUGCAACAUGGACCUUAUCGAAUUUUUGCAGGGGCAAACCACAGCCUCCAUUUGAGCAGACGAAGCCUGCCCUUCCAGCACUGGAGCGUCUAAUUCAUUCAAAUGAUGAAGAAGUCUUGACAGAUGCUUGUUGGGCACUGUCAUAUCUAUCUGAUGGCACAAAUGAUAAAAUUCAAGCCGUCAUUGAAGCAGGUGUCUGCCCACGACUUGUAGAGCUAUUGCUUCAUCCAUCUCCUUCGGUGCUUAUUCCUGCACUUCGUACGGUUGGGAAUAUUGUUACUGGAGACGAUAUGCAGACUCAGUAUAUCAUCAAUCAUCAAGCCCUUCCCUGUCUUUUGAAUUUGUUGACUCACAAUCAUAAGAAGAGCAUCAAGAAGGAAUCAUGUUGGACAAUAUCAAAUAUCACUGCUGGAAACAAGGAUCAGAUACAGGCUGUUAUUGAUGCUGAUAUUAUUGGUCCUCUUGUCCAUUUGUUGCAAACUGCUGAGUUUGACAUAAAAAAGGAGGCAGCAUGGGCAAUCUCGAACGCGACUUCUGGUGGCACCCAUGAUCAAAUCAAGUAUCUGGUGACUCAAGGUUGCAUUAGACCUCUAUGUGACCUCCUCAUCUGCCCAGAUCCAAGGAUUGUCACAGUCUGUUUGGAAGGGCUUGAAAACAUUUUGAAGGUUGGGGAAGCUGAGAAGAACUUAGGUAACACUGGGGGAGUGAAUCUCUAUGCGCAAUUGAUUGAUGAGGCUGAGGGAUUGGAGAAGAUAGAAAACCUACAGAGCCAUGAUAACACUGAGAUCUAUGAAAAGGCAGUAAAAAUUCUGGAGACAUAUUGGUUGGAGGAGGAUGAUGAGACGUUGCCUCCAGGUGAUGUUGCCGCACAACCCGGUUUCCGCUUUGGUGGAAAUGAACUUCCAGUUCCUCCUAGUGGUUUCAACUUCAGUUGAAGGGCUAUGGAGUGGUGGUUUCGUGAUGCAAGAAGUUCAAGUCCACGUUGGGGCUGAUGAAGAUUUAUGUUGAUGUUGGGGUUGGGGUUGGGGUUGGGGUCGGGGUCGGGGUCGGGGUAGGGGUCGGGGCGGCUCUUUUAAUUGUCGUUGUCAUGUCUCAGGUCUGGUCAAGAGGUGCCAUUGGGUCAGUUGCUUAUACGAUGGUCGUUUGAAUAAAGGGGCUUACUGUGGGAAUUGCAUGGGUGUUUGGAUUCUAUGAAGCAUGGGAUUCUCCUCCCCAUGAGUGGAGCCCCCAAAAUUCAGUAUAAGGAGUCUUUUAAGUGUCCCGAAAAAGGUUCAGUUCAGUAUAUGAGUCGGUUUCUUUCUUCCCCCUUAUCGUUUGUAGUUUUGGUAGCUGUAGAAGAUAUAGCUGCACUUUUUGCAUCGUUUUGUGUAUUGUUUAUUGUGGGGUGAUUUGGAAGUCCCAACAUAUUCUUGCCUGGUGUAUAGCAAGGAGGAACAGAAGAAGAGCAAACAAGUAGGAGAAGGAGAGGAAGCUUUUUCCUUGCAAGAGUUUUAGUAAAUAUGGUUAUCAAUAUUUCUUUGAUUAUAAUUUGACUCGUCUCAUUUCUUGUCAAUUUUUGCUUUCUUUAAAUAAAUACAUGUAUGAUUGUCAUGUUAGGAAAGAAAUGUUGUCAAAACUCAGAGGAUGAAGUGAGUUUCGAAAAGUAGUCUUUUGGCGGUAUGCUUUUGAGGCCUUGUAUUUCAUUUUCGGUUGGUUAUUGCUUAACUAUUUCGAUCCAUCAAAAUAUGGGUCAUAGCUAA